AUGUCUACAGUCGGUGAAGGUACAUCACCUUCCUACCGCAUCGCCAGUUUCCUCGUCUCCGCACUGACAGACACCACAAUCUACAUCCAAAACCGGUACAACGAACAUAUGGAGAAUGCACGUCUCCGGGCAAUCAGGGAAGCGGAACGUGCCGAGGAGCUCCGGCGUCGACCUGCAGAUUACGAAGAGGAAGAAGAACCAUUGGACUAUUUCGGCGCUGGAUUUAUCGGCAUAGUACCAGGAGCGGCAUGGAAAGUCAACGGUAAUGCCGCUAUGGAGGUAGAUUCUGCUGUCAACUUCUCCACAUUUGCAUUUUCUAUCAUCGGUAUCGACACCGGGAGUUCUCGCGCAAAAGGCACACGGUGUGUUCGGAUGGAAUGGACAAUUACGGCUCAGUACAUGAGCAUAGCACCGGGAUACAACAAUUACCGGAUGUCAGCUAGGGAUAUGCAAGAUGCAGGUGGUCUUGCGAUCGCGAAGUAG